AUGGAUGCAGAGAAGAGCCAGCAUGCUGAAUUCACUGCUUUUUGUGAGAAGACCUUGGGUGAGAAAGCAACUGCCAUUUCAGAGGGGCAGGAAAGCUCUGAGCAGCUCGCGGCUGGCAUUGAGAAGCUCCAGGCUUCGAUUUCCAAGCUCGGAAAAGAGCUGCAAAUGCAUUCGCAAGAUAUCCUCACGACCAAUAAAGACACCGAUGAUGCCAAGACUUUGCGUGCUCAGGAGGCCGCAGACUUUUCUGCCACCUUGAAAGAGUACGAAGAGUCGAUUGACGCAAUUGGGCGCGCAACCCAAACCUUGAAGGAUCAGGAUUUUAGCCGCCCUCAAGCAAAAGCAGCUUUCGCACAGUCCACUGAGGCGGCGGAGUCCGCAGCUUCCAUAUCGAGGGUAGCUGAAACUUCCACCCCAGCGGAGGUGAAGACGGUGCUGGCCGCAUUCCUGCAGGCUGAUCCAGAGAAGAACGGAUAUGAUUUCCAGUCCGGGGGUGUGAUCAAGAUGCUCAAAAAGCUAAAAAAGAAGUUUGAGGAGGAAAAGGCAGAUCUUGAAAAGAUGGAGACUUCCAAAAAGAGCUCGCACGAGCUCAUGAUGACGAGCUUGAAAAACCAGCUCGCGACCUCGGAGGAAGCCAAAGCCGAAAAGACUCUCUUCAAGAGCAAAGCCGAGCAGGACUUAGCAACGGCAAAAUCAGAUUUAGAGGAGACCCAAAAGACAUUGGCCGCCGACAAAAAGUAUCGACAGGAUUUGCAGACAGAGUGCAGAGACAAAGCCGACGAGUUUAAGAAAAGCCAGGCUUUGCGGACAGAGGAGCUGGAGGCGAUCAGCCUGGCGACAGAGAUCAUCAGUGGCAAAUCUGUUGCCGGCUCGGCCGAGAAGCACAUGGCAGGACUUCUGCACGUCUCGACGUCCCUAGCAUCGCUGCGCUCCGUCAAGAAGCCCUCCCAAGUGGACUCAGCCUUGAGGAUUCUGGAGGCGGGUGCUCGCGAUUUGAAGAGCCAGGACUUGGGCCUCCUGCUCCAGAAGAUCGAUGCCCUCGCUGGGCCCCACAAGUCAGAUCUGAGCAGUAUCAAAGGCUUGCUGGAAAAGCUUCUGGCCAACCUGGAAGCCACAGCAGAUUCGGAAAUCGAGCACCAGGCCUUCUGCAAGAAGGAGCUGGCCAGCAACAACCGAACUCGUGCAAAGCAGACAGAUGCUCUGGAAAGCGUUUCGGCGGAGCUUGACCAGCUGCAGAUAUCGCUGGCCAAAGUCACUGAAGAGAUCGCUGCGACCUCGGCCCAGAUCACAGAGCUUAGUGCCGCAAUGUCUGAGGCCACGGAGCUCCGCCAGAAAGAAAAGGCCAAGAACAAGGCGACCAUCAAAGAUGCGAAAGGGGCACAAGAUGCUGUCGCCCAGGCAAUGGGAAUCCUGCAGGAUUUCUACGAGAAGAGCGGCACCUCUUUUCUGCAGGCUGCUACCAGGGCGGCCGCCGGUACGCAGCAGAAGAGGAUCAUCAGCCUGUUGGAAACACUUCUCGGGGAUUUCUCCCGCUUAGAGGCAGAGACGUCGGCCGCCGAGCAGGCCUCGGACAAAGAGUUCAGGCAGUUCAUCGAGGACUCCCGGGUCGACCAGGCUGAGAAAAAGAUGGACUCCCAGCAUCUGGAAGAGAAGAAAGAGCAACAGAGCAAGCUUCUGGCUCAGAGGCAGGCAGACCGGACUUCUCUGGAGACGCAGCUGGAUUCUGCCAACAAGUACUUUGAGGAGCUCGCGAAGCAGUGCUUGUCCGAUGAGAGCGAUGCUGCAAAGAGAGAGGCACUUCGGCAGCAGGAAAUUCUCAACUUGAAGACAGCCUUGAAGGAGCUGUCAGAUUGA